AUGCAACAAGACGUGACCUCGACCAGCAGUUCUGCAGCCGAGCAGGGGGAAGCCCCGGCGCGGGCUUGGUGGGGCUGGGGCUCAUCUUCAACUUCGAGCGGAAGCGUUGCGACGUCGGCUACCCUCUCCCCACCUCCUUCUGGCGGCGCACCCGUGCCCGACCCCGCCUGGCGUAGCGACAUCAUGCGACAGAUCAACGUACGCGAUGCCCUCCAACGGCGCUCGUUCAUCGACCUCGUGCGACAACAGAACUUCUUUUUGAAGGAGAGGUCCAUGACCCGAGACAAGACCGCCAUGUUGGAAAAGGAGGUUGUGGGCAAGGGCGCCGACAUGCAGAGGCUGCAGCAGGAGCUGACCGAAUGCUACAAGCGAAACUCGGAGAACGCACAGGAGCUCCUCGAGCUCAACCGCAAGGUCAAGGAACUCACCGCGGCUGCCGCCGCCAAGCAGGACCAGCUGAACACCGUAGAGCGGAUGUGCGAAGGUCUGAAGGUGGAGCUGCGGGAGCGCGUGAUGGCCCUGAACAUCCUCACACCCGAGCUCGAUUCGCUCAAGGUCGAGUUGGCGCGGGCCGAAGCGCGCAGCAAGACGCUCGAGGAGGAGAACGCGCACCUGCUCAACCGCUGGCGGCUCAAGGUGUCCGAAGAGGCGAAGAAGAUGAACGAGGCCAACGAAUUCUACCACCAGGUGCAGCAGAUGGCCAAGAACCCGCUCUCCCUGUCCAACGAGGCCAUGGGCGGCGCACCGCACGAGGCACAGCCGACGGACGACCGCACCCGCAAGGCGCGAAGCCACGGUAGCAGCGUGCCGCGGCGAGUUCACACACGCCUGCGUGCGCACACCGGGGACGUGAGUUCGGUGACGUACGAUCCCGCCGGCGAGCGAAUCGCGUCCGGCAGCGCGGACACGACGGUCAAGGUGUGGCGAGCCAACGGCGAGCUGCAGUCCACGCUCUCCGGGGCCAAGCUCGCCAUCACGCAGGUCGAGUUCGCCCCCGGGGGCGACAUGGUGUUGGCCUCGUCGUGCGACGCCGUGGCGCGGCUGUGGAACCUCUCCAAUGCCAAGAUCAAGCACACCCUGACCGGUCAUGUGGGCAAGGUCAUGGGCGCCACCUUUGUGAGCGCCGAAAAGAUCAUCACGGGAUCGCAGGAUCGCACGGUCAAGGUGUGGGACCUGGGGAAGGGGUACUGCGUGCGUACGGUGUUCUGCUAUUCGCCCUGCAAUGCCGUGGCCGUCGUGGGCGAGAGCACGCGCAUGCUCUGCUCGGCUCACGCGGAUCGGCGCGUCCGGCUGUGGGAUCUCAAGACGGCCGACCCCGUGGCCGAAAUCCAAGACGUGCAGUCCAAGCAGGCCACCAGCAUAUCGUGGAGCCCUGCGUGGGAGUACCUGGUGCUGACCACCGCGCCAGACAACACCGCACAGCUGAUCGACCUCCGGAACCAGAAAUCCGCACACACCUUCCGAGGCGGGGUGCUGUCGCCACAGGCCUGCUUCAGUGCCGACGGUAAUUUUGUGGCGGCAGGCUCGACGACGGGCGGCGUCUUCGUGUGGAACACGCACACCGCCGCGCUGGAGGCGCACAUCACCGAAGGCCACCAAGCUGGCGUAAGCAGCUGCACCUGGGGAGCACGGGGCAAGCCGCUCGUCACCGGUGGUUCGGACGCCUCCUUGCUCGUUUGGUCGUAA